GCACGCGACGAGCCCCUCACCUCACCUCCACUCACCCUCCCAAAGCGCCCGGCUUUCUCUUUCCUUCCUCCCGCCCGCCCGUGCUCCGCAUCCGCAUGUCAACGCGAACAAAAAGAGCUCCCUCCUCCACCACCACCGCUGCCACGCAACGAAGCUUCGCUCCCACCACCGCCGCCGCUCCGCCCCGGGCGGGAGAGCGCCUCCACUCGUAUAAAGCCAGCGGCCUCGCACCGCUACUCCGCUAGUGGCGCUCCGAUUCUCUCCGCUUCACCUCUGCUUGCUGCGGCCUCUCCUUGAGCUCCCUCUGCUAAGUGCUAAGCCUCUCUGCGCCUCGCGUACGUCGGUCGGGCAUGGCGGCCGCGGCGGGAAGGAGCGGCGGCGGCUGCGGUAAGAAGCGCAAGCGCGUGGCGGCCGGUCUCGGCGACCUCCACGACGACAUGCUCGAGCGCGUGCUCGCGCACCUCCCGCCGGCGAGCUACAUCCGCCUCCGGGGCGUCUCCCGUCGGUGGCGCGCGGCCGCGGACUCCAACACGUUCCGCGCCGCCUGCGCGCGCGUCCCGGCGCGGGACCCGUGGUUCCUCAUGCUCGAGGACUCCGGCCACCAGGGCCAGGAGGACCAGCAGCGGCUCCCGGCGCGCCCCGCCGCCGUCUUCGACUCGGCCGAGCGCUCCUGGGCACAGUGGCGCGGCGCGCCGGGGCCCGCGCCGGUGGCCGCCGCGGGCGGGCUCGUGCUCUACCGCGACGCGGCCACGGGGGAGCUCACCGUCGUUAACCCGCUCACGGGCGCGUCACGCGCGCUCCCGCCGCCGCCGCCGUCGAGCGCAGCGGGCGCGCUGCAGGCUGUCGCCAUGUACGGGUCCCCGUACAGCGUCGUGCUCAUCCUUGGCGAGCUCCCGGACCUGUCCAUAGCGUCUUACGACUCGACCAAAGACGCGUGGGAGGGCGCCGUGGCGCUGACCCGGAAGGCGGAGGACGACGAGGCCUCGUCGCGGGAGCGCGUCGCGGAAGAAGGCGAGGGCGGCGACGACACGCUCUACUUCCUGAGCAAGUCCGGCGACGUCGUGGCCACCACCAUGCAGAGGAGCGCGUCGCGGCAGUACUCGUCCGCCGUGGCGUGCCGCGGCAGCGGCGGUGACGCCGUGGCCUACUUCCUGAGCCGCUCGGGCACGGUGGUGGCCUGCGACCUGGCGCGCCGCGCGUUCGCGGAGCUGCCCCGGAUCCUCCCCGUGUACCACGAGUACUCCAUCGACGUCGUGGCGUGCGGCGGUGCCGCGUACGCGGUCGUCCUCUCGGAGCUCCUCGACACGGCGAGCCUGCGCGUGUGGGAGCACGCCGGCGGCGCGUGGCGGCAGGUGGCCGCGAUGCCGCCCGCCAUGUCGCACGCCUUACGCGGCGCCAAGGCCGACGUCAACUGCGUCGGCCACGGCGACGGCCUCAUGGUCUGCGUCAGCUCCGGCGACGCCGCCGCCCGCGGCUGCUUCCUGUGCGACGUCAGGACCAACCGGUGGGAGGAGCUCCCGCGCCGGGCCGGCGAGGACGGGGAGGCCGCCGCGGGCUUCGUGGCCGCCCUCUCGUUCGAGCCAAGAAUGGAGGCCGCCGUCUGAUGCGUUGGAGCCUCAGCAUUUGCCGGUUCCUUUCGCGUUAGAUUCGCUUAAUCUGGCAUCCCUGAUGCUAAUUGUACGUAGUGAUGCGUGAUCGUUCGUGUUCACGAUUGCCUCAGUGAUUUGAGAUCGUUAUGGUUUCGUUUUA